UUGAUGAAUUAAUCUGGAAAUAUGAUCAAAAUAAGUAUAUAGUUAAAUAUUUUAAUAAGUCUAAAGAAGUAAAACUGUACUCUUCCUACAAGGACAGAGUGGAAUUCAAUAAUAAAACCUUCUCUCUAACACUGAAGAACAUGCAGAAGACAGACAGUGGAGUCUACCAAGCAAUAGCAGCUGCAGAUUCAGACAACAAUAUUGUUACAUACAGAGUAUCUGUUAUAGACACUGUGGAGGCUCCUGUCCUGACUGUGAACUCAAACUGGAUCAGUGGUAACUUCUGUACUGUGAACUUCACAUGCAGAGCUCAUGAGCUCACAAUUAACUCCAGCUAUCAGAACAACACAUGCUCUCCAGAGGAAGUGACAUCACACGACAACUACACUCUCAACCUGUACUGUGGUGAUGAACUAAUCAUCUGUAACCAUACCAACCCUGUCAGCUGGAGAGAAAACAAAAUAAACAUUACACAGCUCUGUGUUAAUAAAGCGAACGACUCAAACAAUAACCAGAGUGAGUCAUCUCUCCUGUGGUCAGUAGGUUUUACGGUGACAGUGUGCAUUUUGAUAUAUCUUUCAGUCUUUCUGUACUGCAAGUAUAAAAAAGGUGCUCAGGAGGAGGUAGUAGCAGAUAGUGCAGUUUAUGCUUCAGUUGAGGCUGAAGCCCAAACACAAAAGGAAAUGGGAGAUAAUCGACCCACCUCAGUCUACUGCACAGUAGGACAAUACCAAAAACCUACAGUCCCCCCUGACAACAGACAAUACAAUAUAUUCAAUGGUGUGCAAACCAAACCAGACACCAGCCGCCAUUUCACCAGAUGACACUUAAAAUGAAACUGGCUAUGUGUCACAUGAGGAAGCUGUCACAAGACUCAUCUCAAAAUGGCAGCCUUUGUUAUGUCUCAUGUUUUGUAUUCCUUGUGCUUUACUUUACCACUGUACUUUAUAUGUACAAUUAAUUUGCAUUUUGCCCUGUUUAUGUUUCUUGUUUGUAGUUCCUUUGUAGUAGCCUCCAUCACAUUACGGACUGUUACUAUUCUCUGCAAUAUCUUUAUAUGGCAUAAAAAAAAAUUCUGUUCUGAUAUUUAACCAAAGUUGUUUGUCCAAUUAAGCUGUUUUCUCAAGCAUUGAUUAACAUCCAUCUGAGCAUCAACAUCCACAAUCAAACUGCUAAAUAUUUUUGUGUGAAUUCUUAUUUUUUCAGUGAAUUCUUACUUUCAAUUUUGUUAUACAGAACCUAAAACAUCUAAAUAAAUAAAUAAAAUAACCCUGAGUGAGCAAUAUUAACUGAAGUGAAACACAGUGACAACUAACCCCAUAUGGCCAUACAUGAAUAUCAGUAGAUAAGUGCAAUAUUGAAAUUACCUCUGGUGUUGUAUUUAAUAAGUAUGAAUUUGAAUUCAGGCAAGUAUGAAGCCAGACAUGCUAAUGCAGUAUGCAAAUCCAGUACAAACCAUUACUGUAAGUAUACAGUUUUACAGUGCAUUUUGACUGAAAUCCACUA